AUGGUGAUUCCUAUUGUUAUGCUGUUCGGUGCCGCCGCCUUCGCGGCUUACUGGACGGCGAAAUAUUUUAACGAAGCUCAAGACAUGGAAUAUAAGCGUAGUAUGGGGUCACACCACACUGGGCGUCACCACAGCGGCAACUUUUUAGAUCAAUUUAUUCCAAUUUUCAGAAGGUCUAAUCAAAAUGCAUUCGUGAAGCAAGAAUAUAUUGAAUUUAGAGAAUGA